UGGAGAGAGAGCACUGCGACUCCCUCGUCUGUGCAGUCAGAACUCGGACCUGAAGAAGUUGGAAGGCGCGGGGGCAGGCAUGGGCGCUGAAGCCCGUGCAGAAGCAGGUUGGAUUGGGCAUUUUGGGGGAGCUCUCGCAUCGGUCUCCUUGAGAAUGCAUUGAUUGCUGUAGCUGUGACUUGAGCCUUGGAACUGCACGCCGCAAAAGUAGUGUGCGCAGACUGCAAGCAGCUAAGCUGAGGAAUUUGGCACACUGUUGCAGUUGCCCGCAAUCAUGGAUGCAUUCAGGAAGCAGCUGGAUGAUUUGAUGGGGGCGAAUCGAAAUGGAGAUAGCCGGGAGGUUGACCACAAGUAUUAUGACCGGGCUGUGUGUAGAUUGUACCUGUGCGGUCUCUGCCCCCAUGAGCUCUUCGUCAACACGAAAAUGGACAUGGGCCCAUGCCCAAAGGCGCAUUCCGUGAAACUGCGCCGUGAUUACGAGGAGGCGCGGAAGAAAGGCAAGGAAAAUUACGACCGGGAGUUGGAGGAUGCGCUGCUCAAGAUCAUCGACGAAUGUGACCGCAAAAUUCAGCGAGCUCUCAAGAGACUCCAGGACGAGGACACGGGUGUGGCUACGGCAGUCCCGGUAUCCAGGUCGACUAAGACUCCCGAGUCCCUGGAGAUCAGCAACGAGAUCAGGAAAAAGCAGCAGGAGGCAGAAGAGUGUGAACUGGCGGGGAAGUCUGAUGACAAGCUUAAAAUGAUGGACGUGAUCGAGGCGCUGAAGGCAAAGAGGGCAGAGAUCCAGGCUGCCGCCCUCCUGGAAGCUUUCAACAAAGACAAGCAGCUGGGAGUGCCUCAGCACAUUGACGAGAAACUGAAGCAAGCAGAGCAAGCCGGUGAGUCUGGCCAGGUGGAUGAGGCGCAGCGCUUGAUGGACGAAGCAGAGGCCCUCAAAAAGAGAGCAACGACUGUGGUUGUACCCGAGCCUCCUCGUGUACUGCAGCAAGUGGACAGCCGCAUUACGGAUCAAAAGCUGCGUGUCUGUGACAUCUGCGGAGCCUUCCUCAGCAUCUACGACAAGAAUGCGAACACGGGGCUAACGGACCACCUGGGGGGGAAGCUGCACGUGGGCUACAUGGAAGUGCGCAACAAGCUACACGCGAUCAGGGACGAGCGCUUGAAGGGCAGAGAUGAGCUUCCCCCGCCGCCCCCACCUCGAGAGAAGGAGCGCGAGCGAGACCCGGAGCGCCCCCGCGACAGAGAUAGGGAACGGGACAGGGAGCGCGACAGAGACCGGGACAGAAGGAAGCGGGAACGGUCGAGAUCCCCAGUACGGGAGCGCGAGCGACACAGUCAUCGUGAGAGAGACCGCGACAGGGACCAUGAAAGGUACAGGGAUCGUGAUGAUAGAGGAAGAGGUCGUGAUAGAGAUCGUCGGUAGGACUUUCAGUCCGUUUUUUGGCAGACUUUGUGAGCAGUUGUUGGGUACAAUGAAAGAUCCGGCACACCGUUCGGAGAUCGGGAAUGCAACCAUACUUCUUUGCCUGUGCAAGCUGAGAUGAAGCUUGUUUGUGCAUAUUGAACCACGCAGUGGUGCAUGCAGUUGACUUCACACAAUGCCACAUGCAACCGAGCAUUGAGUUGGGCUUGAAGGAGACUUUGACCGGGCUUGUCGGACAAGAUUGUGACUCUGUCAGAUCGGAAGAAACAUCACCUUCGGUUCUCGGCGAAUUGACCAGAAGUUCACCCGCUCUGUGUGUUUCUAUAGACCCCAAGUAGGUACUACCGGUACUUAGAGGCUAGG